AUGAGAAGAAAAACAGAAACCUUACUAAGUAUUUUCCUGUUUUUUCUUUGUCAAAUACUUCUAAGUGUCAAUGGAGAUUACUUAAUAGGAUUAGGAAGUUAUGAUAUGACAGGACCAGCUUCACAAGUGAACAUGAUGGGGUAUGGUAAUUUUGAUCAAGUUACUGGUGGUAUACAUUUUCGAUUACGAGCUAGGACAUUCAUCGUUGCUGAAAGUUUCAAUGGUCUGAGGCUUGUGUUUGUUAAUCUUGAUGCUGGUAUGGCUUCACAACUUGUCACAAUCAAAGUACUCGAGCGACUAAAGUCAAGGUAUGGAAAUAUAUAUAGUGAAGAAAAUGUUGCAAUAAGUGGGACACAUACUCAUGCUGGUCCAGGAGGUUAUUUGCAAUAUGUGACAUAUAGUGUAACUUCAUUGGGCUUUGUGCCACAAUCAUUUGAGGCAAUUGUUACUGCCAUUGAGCUCAGUAUUGUCCAGGCCCAUGACAAUCUAAAGCCUGGUUCUAUCUUUAUCAACAAAGGAGAUCUAGAAAAUGCAGGCAUAAACAGGAGUCCAAGUGCAUAUUUAUUCAAUCCUCAAGAAGAGAGAUCUAAAUAUAAUACAAAUAUUGAUACCCUAAUGACCCUUUUGAAGUUUGUGGAUGGAGAUACUGGAAAAAAUAUAGGUGCAUUUAGUUGGUUUGCAACACAUGGCACUUCAAUGAGCAGAAAUAAUAAGCUAAUUAGUGGAGAUAAUAAGGGUGCAGCUGCUAGAUUCUUUGAGGAUUGGUUCACCAAAAAUUCCUCUACAAAAUCUACUAAGGUCAACCAAGAUUUAUUGAAUAAAACAUCUAAAAUCAAGCCUACAGGAGGACAACCUUGUACAAAUACAACAAGUCAAGGCUUUAAGGUGAGAAAAAACAAAGAAAUGAAAUUUGUUGGAGCAUUUUGUCAAUCAAAUGUUGGAGAUGUGAGUCCAAAUGUGGUUGGAGCAUUUUGUAUUGACAGUGGAUUACCUUGUGAUUUUAAUCACUCUUCUUGUCAUGGCAAUGACCAACUUUGUGUGGGCCGCGGGCCUGGAUAUCCAGAUGAAAUAUUGAGUACAAAGAUUAUUGGAGAAAGACAAUUUCAAAAGGCUGUUGAUCUUUUCACAUCUGCUAAACAAGAAUUAACAGGGAAAAUUGAUUAUCGACAUGUUUAUAUUAAUUUUACAAAUACUAAGGUUCAAUUAGAAGAUAAUAAGGUUGUCCAAACAUGCCCUGCAGCAUUGGGCCCAGGAUUUGCUGCUGGAACUACUGAUGGGCCUGGUGUUUUUGGUUUCCAACAGGGUGAUACUGAGAUUAAUCCACUUUGGAAGAAGUUAAGAGAUGUGUUAAGAGAACCAAGCCCAUAUCAAGUGGACUGUCAAAAGCCCAAGACUGUUUUGUUGGACUCUGGAGAGAUGUUUUGGCCAUAUCCUUGGGCGCCAGCAAUACUUCCAAUUCAAAUUUUUAGACUAGGAAGUCUCAUCAUUCUCUCUGUGCCAGGAGAAUUUACAACAAUGGCUGGACGUAGGUUAAGAGAGGCAGUGCAACAGACACUAAUUCGCAGCGGAAAUGGCGAAUUUGAUGACCAAACUCAUGUUGUCAUAGCUGGCCUAACCAACGCUUACUCACAGUACAUAACCACUUUUGAAGAGUACGAGCAACAACGUUAUGAGGCUGCGUCUACGCUAUACGGUCCACACACAUUAUCAGCAUAUAUUCAAGAAUUCAAGAAGCUAGCUGAAUCUAUGGCAAAAGGAGAAAACAUUACUACAAAAGGACCUUCACCACCAGACCUUCUGUCAAUUCAACUUAGUCUAUUACCAGAUCCUACUGGUGAUUCACCUCCACCGGGCAUAAAUUUUGGCGAUAUUAAACAAGACAUAACUGUACCAAAAUCCGGAACAUUUACAAAGGGAGACAGAGUAAUUGCCAUAUUCUGGAGUGCAAAUCCAAGAUAUGACUUACUUACUGAAGGCACAUUUGCUGUUGUGGAAAUGCUUCAACGCCAAAGUUGGCUACCUAAAUAUGAUGAUGAUGAUUUUUGCUUGUUCUUUAAAUGGCAAGCAGAAAAUGUCACUGGUAUUGCUCGUGAUGAUGUGAAUAGUUAUGGUUAUGCUACACUUGAAUGGGAAGUACCAGAGGAGGCUAGUCCAGGCGUUUAUCGCUUAAGGCAUUUUGGAUCAACGAAGAAAACGAAAGAAUCAUCAAACUUGUAUUAUACUGGUGCAUCUAGUGCUUUUACAGUGUCAUAG